UAUCAAAUGCUGAUAUGAAAUUGAAGGGAGAGCAAGUAUGCCACUUCCAGCUGCACCGGGCCUGGCAUCCACAGCCUCAGAGGUCGAUAUAGACGCACCCCCGUUGCACACUGGCUAGGUAAUCGACGGUAGUCAUUCAAGAGCGCGAGAGACGGCUGACACAGAGAAGUCCUUUCACAUCUAUAGCAUACGUCGCUAGCGGAGAAACCCUUCAUCGAUCAGUCUGACCAUGUUGACGCGGACCGCUGCCGUUGCGAGCAGCAAUGUGUCUCUGCAGCUCGUAUCGGCUUGCAAAGACGUUCCCGCAGAGACAGGUGAAGGUAGCAAGGUCACGGCGCGCCUGAGAAACGAUGGUGACAAGAUGACAAGGGAAGAGGCGCCGUGCCAGUCAGUUCCGAUGCUCACGAAGAGGGGUUGUACGAACUCGACUCACACAGCGAUUGGCCUGGUUGCGGUUCGGCCGUUCUCGGCCACAAACACGACAGGCAACGGCAGCAGCGGGACGAUGACUUCCUCGUUCAUGAGACCUUCGGGAGUCUGCAGACCGAAAGGUGCGAGUGCACCCGGGGAAGCUGCAGGGAUACUCCUCUCCAGCGUUCACACCAUGUCUUGCAGCCAUAUGAGUGGUGCGGGUGUGGCUCUGGGUAAAAUCCUCCUCGCAACCAGCAGACAGACAGGGGUAUGGGCGGUGACCUGUGAAAGCAAGGCAAGCCAAGCGCGCCUGUCAGCAACCCACGCAGUCGUAGCUUCGGCCCUUGCUUUACUUACCAGUGUGCGUCAGAAUGUCCCUGACGAGACUGUAGCCGGUCGUUGAGAUGUGUGAGCCGCCUGCCCACAAGCACCGGACCGAGUCCCUGGGGAUGUGCCGAGCCACUGCUCGUGGAGGUCCCUUGCAGAAGCAAACUCGUCCUCGCAUCCCGGUCCUAGACAGAUGUGAU